AUGCCGCUAAAGCACUCAUAUCUGCAACAUGGGGUAAACCAGAUGUACCAAUGCUCAAGGAAUGGAUGGAACGUGUGGAAACGAUCCACAGCAUGGAAAGCCUUACAGCUGAUGUACGGGGUAAAACCGAACGAUGCACUCUACUCUGGACUCCCUUGCUUACCUGCAUCUCCCACAGAGAAAGAGACCUUAUGCCACCUACACACUCAGACUCGGCUCCCCAGCCAUCAACGUCGAACACCCACUCUGCCAAAAACAGUAGACCCACCUAAGAUAACAAGGCAAUCCGAUGGAACUACCAAUUGGUGUGAAUUCCUGCCAUGGGCCCAGGAUCAGUGUCUACGAGAAACCCAUUGGAUCACCAUAAGAGCCGGAUAA